AUGGAUAACUUUUCUUCAAAUUCAUCUUUUAUUAUAAGGCUGCAAGGGUUUGAUUUCCCUCCACAAGGGGCCUUCAUAGCUUUUGUGUUUGCCACGCUGAGCUACUUGAUCAUUGUCUUCUGUAACCUGGUCUUGCUGAUCACCAUCACUAUGAAUAAGAGCCUCCACCAGCCCAUGUACCUUCUGCUCUUUAACCUGCCUAUCAAUGACCUCAUCGGCUCAACUGCUCUAUUGCCACAGCUCAUAAAGGAGAUCUUGAUGGACUCCAGGUACAUACAUGUUUCAAACUGCAUCACCCAGGCAUUUUUCAUCCAUAUCUAUGCAGUGGGCAGUGUUCUGAGCCUCACCGUCAUGUCAUAUGACAGGUACAUUGCAAUAUGCAGCCCACUGAGGUACAAUACCAUUAUGACUAAUGGCCAUGCUAUAAGGAUGAUAAUGAUAGUGUGGCUUGUGGACUUAUUCAUUAUUGGCUUGCUGUUUGCUCUCCUUCUGCGGUUGCCUCGAUGUCGGUCUCUGAUUAUACAGCCUUACUGCGACAACCCAUCUCUGCUCACAUUGGUCUGCGCAGACACCACCAUCAACAACAUUUACGGACUGUUUAUUACAGCCAGCAUGCAAGUGUUCGGACUGGGCAUGAUUCUGUACACCUACCUGCAGAUCCUUGUAGCAUGUUUUAGAAGCAAACGAUCUGACACAAAAAGCAAGGCGCUACAAACCUGUGCGACUCAUCUAACUGUCUUUCUGAUUUUAGAGGGGUUAGGGCUUUUUACAAUAAUUUCCUACCGCAUAAAAGAACUCUCUCCUCACCUCAGGAGGAUGAUCGGUGUUUCUACCAUGAUAUUUCCCCCCACACUGAACCCAAUAAUAUACGGCCUCAGAACAAAGGAAAUCAGACAAAAAAUUAUGUUGCUGUUCCGUCAAAGAGUGGUGCCCUCUUAA